AAGCGCUGAAAAUGUUGUCCGUACAGUCUCUGGUUGGUUCUGCAGCUAAACCCCUCACCAUAAACCUUGCAAAUGCUUCUCUACGAUCGCUCGCCCGCACGGCGUACGCUCAUUUUAAUUCGGUUCAGGCGGCGAAAUUUGAUCCUCAUGAGUUCCCUGAUCAAUAUUCCGAUCGGAGGAGCAGUUAUUCCGGAGUUAAAAUUGAGGAAAAAGUGGAGUUGGAUUCUGGGAAGCUGAGGCUGGAUUCUUGGAUUUCUUCUCGCAUUAAUGGAAUUAGUAGAGCUAGAGUUCAGUCUAGCAUCCGUUCAGGGUUGGUUUCUGUCAAUGGCCGAGUAAUCAGCAAGGUCUCGCACGUGUUGAGAGAUGGGGAUUUGGUGAAUUGCAUGAUAGCAGAGUUGCAGCCGUUGAAGGCUGAACCAGAGAAUAUUCCAUUGGACAUCGUAUAUGAAGAUGAACAUGUACUUGUUGUCAACAAGCCUGCUUUCAUGGUUGUUCAUCCCGCACCAGGCAAUGCAACUGGAACACUGGUGAAUGGAAUUCUUCACCAUUGCAGUCUUCCUGAUAUGUGUUUCAAUCCGGAAACACUGCCUGGUAUGGAUGGUGACUCAGGAGAUGAGGGUGAUGCCUUUUCUAUAGAUGAAAGUCGCAAUGAAGCCAUUGCAUCUAUACGCCCUGGAAUUGUGCAUAGAUUAGAUAAAGGAACCAGUGGAUUGCUUGUUGUUGCAAAGGAUGAACAUUCUCAUUCUCAUCUUGCUGAUCAGUUCAAGAAUCACACUAUAAAGAGAGUCUAUGUGAGUCUCACAUGUGGAGUGCCAUCACCCACCUCUGGCUACAUUGAUGUCUCUAUAGGCCGAGACACAAAUAACAGGAUUCGUAUGGUGGCGAUUCCAGGAAGUUCAGGCCAUGUAAAGACCCGAUAUGCUGCUAGUAGAACUACUGCUACAACAGUAUUUUCUCAAGUACCGAAGAUUCCAGCUCAAGUAAUCCGAACAAGUCCUUCUGGACUUCCUUAUAAUAGAACCAAGAUUCUCUCUCUUUAUACCAAUCAUCGGAACUUUACUACUUCAAAAACUCAUCAUUGGUCCUUUUUAAAUCCCAGUCUGCUUGCUACCAAAAUUAUACAAUCCUCCAAGUCCAAUGAUUUUAAGAGCUCCCUCAGCUUAUUCUCUGUAAUGCUCCGAAAUGGAAUUUACCCUGACGCCCAUCUUUUGCCCAGUAUUAUCAAGGCUUGUUCUGCUCUGUUAAAUGCUAGACUUGGAAAGCAAGUUCAUGGGUUCUCAGUAGCUUCUGGACUCCACUCUGAUCCUUUUGUUGAGUCUUCUUUGGUUCAUUUUUAUGUGAAACGUGAUGAGUUAAUAGAUGCUCAAAAGCUGUUUGACAGCAUAGAGGGGAAAGAUGUUGUUUCUUGGAGUGCAUUGGCUGCUGCCUAUGCCAGGAGAGGGGAUGUGAUUAAUGCAAACAAAGUGUUCAAUGAGGUUAAGAAUCUUAAUUUUGAACCAAAUUUGGUGUCUUGGAAUGGAAUGAUUGCAGGCUUCAAUCAAAGUGGGUGCUUUCUGGAUGCAGCACUAAUGUUAUGGCAGAUGCAUUCACGCGGUUUCAAGUCUGAUGGGACUAGCAUUUCUAGUGUUCUUCCUGCGAUAGGUGAUUUGGGUUCUUUAAAAUUUGGCAUGCAAAUUCAUGCGUAUGUGAUCAAGACUGGUUUUUCUGUUGAUAAGUGUGUUGUGAGCGCGCUUAUUAAUAUGUAUAGUAAGUGUGGGUUUGCCUUAGAUAUGUCUAGAGUGUGUGAAGAUACAGGCAAAGUAGAUGUUGCAGCUUGCAAUGCCUUGAUAGCAGGGCUCACUCGACAUGGCCUUGUUGACAAAGCACUGGGGGUCUUUAAAGAAAUGAAGGACCAAGGAAUGGAGUUGAAUGUUGUUUCCUGGACUUCAGUGAUAGCUUGUUGCUCGCAGCACGGUAAAGAUAUUGAGGCUCUGGAUCUGUUUAGAGAAAUGCAGUCAACUGGUGUGAAACCGAACUAUGUAACCAUUCCUUGCCUGCUCCCAGCCUGUGGCAAUAUAGCAGCACUUAUGCAUGGGAAGGCUGCUCAUUGCUUCUCACUGAAAAGUGGCAUUUCAGAUGGUGUUUAUGUAGGCAGUGCUCUGAUUGAUAUGUACGCUAAUUGUGGAAAGAUUGAAAUAGCUCGACGCUGUUUUGAUAGGAUGCCUAUCCGUAACUUGGUUUGCUGGAAUGCAAUCUUGGGAGCAUAUUCCAUGCAUGGAAAGGGGAAGGAAGCUAUCGAAGUUUAUCUCUGGAUGCAGAGGAGUCAGCAAAAACCUGACUCUAUCACUUUCAUCAGCCUGUUAUCUGCAUGUAGCCAAAGUGGCUUUACAGAAGAGGGACGCCAUUACUUUGAAAGCAUGUCCAAGGACCAUGGUAUCGAAGCUAGAACUGAGCAUUAUGCCUGUAUUGUUAGCUUGCUUGGUCGAGCAGGAAAGCUUGAUGAAGCUUAUUCAAUGAUAAAGAAAAUGCCAUAUGAGCCUGAUGGUUGUGUGUGGGGGGCAUUGUUAAGUUCCUGUAGACUUCAUCACAACACGCGUUUGGGUGAGAUUGCUGCAGGUAAAUUGUUCGAAUUAGAACCAAGCAAUCCUGGAAAUUACAUCCUGCUAUCUAAUAUUUAUGCUUCCAAAGCGAAAUGGAAAGAAGUGGAUAGAAUCAGAGACAUCAUGAGAGACAAGGGACUGAAGAAAUAUCCUGGAUGCAGUUGGAUUGAGGUCAAUAACAAAAUACACAUGCUUUUGGCUGGUGAUAAAUCACUUCCCCAAAUGCCUCAAAUUCUGGACAAGUUAAAUAAAUUGUAUGUGGAAAUGAAGAAAGCAGGUUACCUGCCCAAUAUUGUUUAUGUGCUGCAAGAUGUCGAGGAGCAGGAAAAGGAGCACAUCCUGUGCGGGCAUAGUGAGAAGUUGGCUGUAGUUUUUGGUAUUCUGAAUACUAGUCAAGGAACUUCCCUGAGGGUCACAAAGAACCUGAGAAUUUGUGGAGAUUGCCAUGAUGUUAUAAAGUUUAUUUCUAAGUUUGAGGGGAGAGAAAUUUUUGUGAGAGACACAAAUCGUUAUCACCAUUUCAAAGAUGGUGACUGCUCGUGCGGGGAUUAUUGGUGAUUGAGUACCAGAAUAGAAGAAACUCAAGUAUUCCACUCUAGAUUUUUCAGUUCAAAUUGUGAGUGGAAACAAUUAGUUAUGGGACUUCAUUCCCUACAAAUUGAUUCAGAAUUUGUGAUAAUCUAAGAAGAGAAUCCUAGGGGUGGUUAGCUGGUACAAGGUAAUAGAAAUACUUGCCGGUGGCAGUUGUGCAUUGGUCGAAUGGAGAUUAGAAACUGGACGAACACAUCAGAUCCGAGCCCAUGCCAAGUAUCUUGGCGUGCCACUCUUGGGCGAUGAAGUAUACAGUG